CACAGGGGGGAAUUAGUGCGCCGGAGCGCAUUUUAAUACCACACAAUUGAGUAAAUACCCCCAUUUUUAAAGCUAAAAAUAAUAAACGAACGGGUUCAGCUGAGCAUUUGUGGUGCUACACUGAGAAAAGGGUUUUAUUUUCAGGAUGGGAAACGCAGCGGCCGCCAAGAAAGGAAACGAGCUGGAGAGCGUAAAAGAGUUUUUAGCCAAAGCCAAAGAAGAUUUCCUCAGAAAGUGGGAAUGUCCACCACAGAGCACAACAUGCCUAGAUGACUUUGACAGACUGAAGACCCUCGGCACCGGCUCUUUCGGGAGAGUCAUGCUGGUAAAACACAAAGGAACAGAGCAGUUUUAUGCCAUGAAAAUUCUGGAUAAACAAAAGGUGGUGAAAUUAAAGCAAAUAGAACACACGCUAAACGAGAAGAGAAUAUUACAGGCAGUCUUGUUCCCCUUCCUCGUCAGACUGGAAUAUGCCUUUAAGGAUAAUUCCAACUUGUACAUGGUGAUGGAGUACGUACCAGGCGGCGAGAUGUUCUCACAUUUAAGAAGAAUCGGGAGGUUCAGUGAACCCCACGCACGCUUCUAUGCAGCGCAGAUAGUCCUCACUUUUGAAUACCUCCACUCACUAGACCUUAUCUACAGAGACCUGAAGCCUGAAAACCUCCUCAUCGAUCAGCACGGCUACAUACAGGUCACCGACUUUGGCUUUGCAAAAAGAGUCAAGGGUCGGACCUGGACGUUGUGUGGUACCCCAGAGUACCUGGCUCCAGAGAUUAUUCUCAGCAAGGGCUACAACAAGGCAGUGGACUGGUGGGCACUGGGAGUGCUCAUAUAUGAAAUGGCUGCUGGUUAUCCUCCGUUCUUUGCAGAUCAGCCCAUUCAGAUCUAUGAGAAGAUCGUGUCUGGAAAGGUACGAUUCCCCUCACACUUCAGUUCAGAUCUGAAGGAUCUGUUACGGAAUCUGCUUCAAGUCGACUUGACAAAGCGGUACGGCAACCUAAAGAACGGCGUCAACGACAUCAAAAACCACAAAUGGUUUGCCACGACAGAUUGGAUCGCCAUCUAUGAAAGAAAGGUGGAGGCUCCGUUCAUCCCGAAAUGCAGAGGCCCUGGAGACACAAGCAACUUCGACGACUACGAAGAGGAGGACAUCCGCGUAUCUGUUACAGAAAAAUGUGCAAAAGAGUUUGCCGAGUUUUAGCCUGGACACAUCAGAGUUAUAUAUAGCGUGUGUGUGUGUGACUGAAUGCGUGCGGCUGUGUGUAUAACCACACAGCCAAUGAAAUAAGGGGAUCUUUGCACUCUAAAGACAUGGAGACGGAGCAGAGACCGCAGUACCGAUCAGCAUAGUUCCUUCAUUCCGUCUAGUACAUUCAGAAGCCAACGAAGCCCCUGUGCUUCAUCAGCACUUAACUAAAACCACGUCGGACGUUUUACCCAUUCAUACAAGUAGUCAUUUUUAUUUGGACAGAUGCUUUGGUGUUUGUUUCCCCUGUUGGUUUUUAAAGGUGACUGAGAAGAA